AUGGAUUCAAGCAUUGCGCAAAAAAAUUGGGAAUUAGAAAAUAAUAUAAUAACAAUUGAUCCAGCUCAAGAUCAAAUCUAUUAUUAUGAUUCUGAACAAGAUAAAGAAAUUGUUUCCCAAAAACCUUGGACAAAUGAUCCUCAUUACUUCAAACAUGUAAAAGUUUCAGCUAUUGCACUCAUAAAAAUGGUCAUGCAUGCUCGUUCUGGCGGUAACAUUGAAGUUAUGGGUUUGAUGCAAGGUAAAAUUCAAGGUGAUACUAUGUAUGUUAUGGAUAGUUUUGCUCUUCCAGUAGAAGGAACUGAGACAAGAGUAAAUGCACAGAAUGAAGCUUAUGAAUAUAUGGUAUCAUAUAUUGAGAAGUCAAAAGAAGUUGGUAGACUAGAGAAUGUCAUAGGAUGGUAUCAUUCUCACCCAGGCUAUGGCUGUUGGUUAUCAGGAAUUGAUGUUAGUACACAAAUGCUCAAUCAGCAAUAUCAAGAACCAUUUGUAGCUGUCGUGAUCGACCCUAACCGUACUAUGUCUGCAGGUAAAGUAGAGAUUGGCGCAUUUAGGACUUAUCCAGAAGGUUAUAAAGCUCCAGAUGAAGCACCUUCUGAAUAUCAAACUAUACCCCUUAAUAAGAUUGAAGAUUUUGGUGUUCACGCCAAGUCUUAUUAUUCACUUGAGGUUUCUCAUUUCAAAUCCACAUUGGAUACUCAACUCUUAGAAGUUUUAUGGAAUAAAUAUUGGGUAAACACUUUAUCGCAAUCACCUCUCUUAACUAAUAGAGAAUAUACAACUAGACAAAUGUCAGAUCUUGCUCAAAAAUUGAGUAAAACAAACGAUAGUAUGAUAGGUAGAAUGGGAGGUUAUUAUGGUGAUAGAAAAAAGAAUGACGAAAGUCAGCUUAGCAAAGUGACAAAGGAUAGCUCUAAAAUAACAGUAGAAGUUGUUCAUGGCUUACUCUCACAAAUAUUAAAGAAUGAAGUAUUUAAUAAUCCCAGAGAAGAAGAAAAAACUUCUUGA